AUCAUGCUUCCAAGUGACGCCAUCUUCCAGAUAUUUCUCAUAUUCCAAUUUUGUCUUGGUGUCUCAGGGAACUCAGCACUGUUAAUGUUAUAUAUAUACAGUUUUUUCUUCAAGCCUCAUUUUAAAAAGUUGAUAGAUUUAGUUUUCAUGCACCUGACAAUAGUUAAUAUGUUGACAAUCAUAUUCACAUUGAUAAAAGAUAUCAUGUUAUCCUUUGGAGUACCCAAGUUUUUGGACGAUGCCAGUUGUAAGGCAAUUUUGUUUUCAUUCAGAGUCAGCCGUGGUCUGUCCAUCUGCACCACCUCUGUUCUAAGCACAUUUCAAGUCAUCACCAUCACUCCCAGUAAUUCUAAGUGGGCUUGGCUUAAGCCUAGACUCUCUAAAUGGAUUUUUUAUUCCUUACUUUUUUCCUGGCUUAUUAAUCUUCUUAUCUAUGGGUAUAUGCUUGACAUGGUAAUGGCCAAAACCAAUAAUUCCCAUGUUGGCCAUGGAUAUUCAGAUGGUUACUGUCAAAACACGCACUUUGGGAAAAAAAAUUCAGGGUCAUUUUUUAGCCUCAUCAUCACUCAUGAUCUCUUCUUUGUGGCCGUCAUGAUGUGGGCCAGCCUCUACAUGGUGAUCUUCCUCUACAGACACCGCAAGAGAGCCCAGCAUCUCCACAGCCCAAGUCUCUCCUCCCAGUCAUCUCCUGAGCGCAAAGCCACUCACAGCAUCCUGUCUCUGGUGAGCUGCUUUGUGUUCAUUUAUUGGUUGAACAACUCCGUGACCCUUUAUGGUUUUUAUACUAAUGAUAAAAUUCCAAGACUGGAGUCAAUUAAUGCGAUUUUGUCAACAUGUUACCCAACCAUCUGCCCUUUUUUACUCAUGAAGAAUAAUAAAGUUAUUUUGCAAUGCACUUCUUCAUUUUCUGUACUGAAAAUGUCCUGUUUUCAAAGUUCACUCCAUGGCUAA